GAGAGGGAGAGAUUCAUAGCCUACAGAGAAAGAGCAAGAGUAUAUAGUAAUAGUCCCAACACUGUGAAGUGAGCGAUGCCUUGAGCGCACAUCAGAGGCGACCGACCACUGAUGACGCAGUGUCAGGAGGAGAACAGCGCGCGUUUGGCCACGGAGUUGUUUGGUGCGCUUUGCCUGUGGAAAGGAGCUUUCCACCCACGCACUCUCCCGAACCCCCUCCCCCCGUAUACACUUAACGAUGCCGGGACCCCAGUCAGGCUGAACCCAUUCUUACUGGAUCGGGGAGACGCGGAGUCCUUACAGCGGGGAUGUAAAACGAGCUAAGCGGAUAUGACCGAGCGGGACGGACUGGCGACACACGGACAUGGUUACGGCUAAAACUAUUCGUGAUUCUUUAGUCCACCGAUGGAGGAGCGCGGACGCACACACUGCCACCACCAGCAGGAGUCGGAAUAGCGAGGCUUGGGUUGCGGGGGGCGCACGCACACGAUGGACACUGCAGAGGCCAUGCUGAGUGUGUUGGUGGUGCUCAUCAUCCUCGUGUCGCUGCUGUCCAACGUGCUGGUGCUGGUCUGCUUCCUGUACAACCCCGAGAUCCGCAAGCAGGUGCCGGGUCUGUUCACGCUCAACCUCACCUUCUGCAACCUGUUGCUGACCGUGUCCAACAUGCCGCUCACUCUGGCGGGACUCGUCAACCGAGGCGCGCCGGGCGGGCACGGCAUGUGUCAGGCGGUGGGCUUCCUGGAGACCUUCCUGUCCACCAACUCCAUGCUGAGCAUGGCGGCGCUGAGCAUCGACCGCUGGCUCGCGGUGGUGUUCCCCCUGAGGUACCACUCCAAGAUGCGCCACCGGGACGCCGCGCUCGUGCUGGGGUACACGUGGGUGCACUCCAUGUCCUUCUCCACGGUGGCCAUCUGUCUGUCCUGGGUGGGCUACCACCGACUCUACGCGUCGUGCACGCUGUCCAGCGCGAGGGCGAGCAACCGGACGCAGUUCGUGGUGUUCACCGUGUUUUUCCACGCCUUCACGUUUCUACUGUCUUUUGUAGUGCUUUGCGUCACGUACCUCAAAGUGCUUCAGGUGGCCAGGUUCCACUGUCGGAGGAUCGACGUCAUCACCAUGCAAACUUUGGUGUUGCUGGUGGACAUCCAUCCGAGUGUUCGCCAGCGCUGCCUGGAGGAGCAGCGGAGGAGACGCCAGCGCGCCACCAGGAAGAUCAGCACCUUCAUCGGCACCUUCAUGCUCUGCUUCGCCCCCUACGUGAUCACAAGGAUUGUGGAGCUAUUCCCCGCCGUGCCUAUCAACCCUCACUGGGGGAUCGCGUCCCGUUGUCUGGCGUACAGCAAGGCGGCGUGCGACCCCUUCGUGUACUCCCUGCUCCGCCACCAGUACCGCAAGACCUGCAGUGACAUCAUCAACCGAGUGCUCAAGAAGCAGAGCUCCCAGAAUGCAACGGGGCCCGGCCAGCGCCAGAACCAGCACCAGGGCAACAGCAUACCGAGCGCGGAGUGACAGCCGGCAGCAGCCAGUCGCUGCCGAGAGUUCUGUCCUGCCCUUUUUUCUUCCGCCUCGGAGUUCGGAGGCCGAAGAGUCGGGAGGACCGCCCGGGAAAAACCGAACAUCGAGGAUGAGGAAGGCGGUUCUUCGUCGGCGAGAAUGCGGGUUGUGGGUCGGACUAAGGCGGCUCACUGAAGGAAGCCCUUCGUGUCAGGUUGGUUGAGCGAACGAGGAACGGGGCGGGGUCAAUGUUGACGCAAGGUUUCCCAUGUCCCCCGGCACCGGGGGGAAAAUGGCGGCUGUUUUUUAGCCAGAGCUCUGGACGCUCACACGUCAGUGUGCUGGAACCCGCUGAAACCCGCUGAAACCCGCUGGAACCAGCUGCCCCCC